AAUACAAUCUUAUGUUUUCUUCUGUCUCAACUCAAGAAAAUCUCACAUACCAGACCUAUUUUUGUCCGUCCUGCUCCCCUCAGGCGGGUCUGACAGAGGGAGAGGAUGAGCUUGCACUCCUUUUUUAGGGGUCCAAGCACCUGGAGCUGAAACCUUAUUGUUUUUAUAAGGACUUUGUUUUCUUAUUAUUUGUUCCAGCUGUGAAACCCGGCCGCGGUUAGCGCCUCCUGCCCGGCAGAUUUUUACUGUGAACGUACAUUUUUUAUGGAGAACAAAGAAGGAGUGACAUGUCAGGUCAAGGAAUACUGAACAGCGUCUUCUCCUGCUCAUCAGCGGGUGCCAAAACCUUCCCCAAGAGGAAGCUGCGGCAGACCAGGAGUCUGGACCCGGCUCUGAUGAGGAACUAUGGGACGGAGGUGGACGAGAGAGGACCAGCAGGAUCUCCGCUUUCCCGAACGCCUGCUGACCAUCCCAAAAGGAGCACGGCCUGGGACCUGCCGCUGAGCCUCUCAGGCCCGGCCCAGCCCGCGGCUGCUGGGAACAUUUUCUCGCCCAAGAAGUGGCUCCAGAAGAGCGUGCCGCAGGUGGACGAUCUGGACACGUUCUCCUACAGCGUCUGGAAGUCUGGGGGUGAUUUUGCGUGGAGGAGCGUCUGCGGCCGCUGUUUUCAGCUGAAGGCUGUUCCUCUGCAGAGCCUGUCGGAGCUGGAGAGAGUCCGUCUGCAGGAAGUGGCCUUUAUCCGCCUGCUGCAGGACUACAACCUGAGCUGCCACAUCACCAUCCCGAAAGAUGGGCAGAAAAGGAAGAAGUCACUGAGGAAGAAGUUGGAUUAUCUGGGAAAAGAAAAGAAGGAUAAAGAGUACGUGCCGCAGGCGUUCGGUGUGCCGCUGCAGCAGGUCAUCGCUAACGAUCGCUGGCUCAAGCUGCGGCAGGACGGACGGGAGGACCAGCGCGAAUCCACAGCCAAUCUGGCCUCGUUUCUCCUGCACUUGACCGGACAGAGAGCCAGUCACAGACACUUCUACAGCAGCAACUCCUCCCUCAGCUCCGCCUCCGAGACCAACAACGAACCCGUGUCCCCAGUCAGCCCAGAGGCCGUGGCCCGCUCUCGCAGACGGGGUGGCAUGUCUGUGGACAGCAUCACUGACCUGGAUGACGGUCAGUCUCGCCUGCUGGAGGCGCUGCAGCUGUCUCUGCCUGCAGAGCCACUCGAUAAGAAAGACAAGAAGAGAGAUAAGAAGCUGAGUCUGAACCCCAUCUACAGACAGGUUCCACGCGUGCUGGAGCUCUGCUGCCAACAUCUGGAGAAAUACGGUCUGCAGACUGUUGGGAUUUUUCGAGUUGGAAGCUCCAAGAAGAGAGUCCGACAGCUGCGUGAGGAGUUUGAUCAGGGCGUGGAAGUGAUUCUGGGACCUGAACACAGUGUCCAUGACGUAGCUGCCCUGCUGAAAGAGUUCCUCAGGGACAUGCCUGACCCUCUGCUGACCAGAGAGCUCUACACAGCCUUUAUCAACUGCCCAUCGCUGGACAUCUCGGAGCAGAACUCUGUCCUGCAGCUGCUCAUCUGCCUACUUCCCGCCUGCAACAGCGACACGCUGCAGCGCCUUCUCCACUUCCUGUCCACUGUAGCCAAUCAUGCAGAGGAUACCGUCGACAGCCAGGGGGAGCAGGUUCCGGGUAAUAAGAUGACCGCUCUGAACCUGGCCACUAUCUUUGGUCCGAAUGUGCUGCACAAACAGAAGAAUUCAGAGAAGGAGUUCAGCGUUCAAAGGCCUGCACGGGCUGAAGAAAGUGCUGCCGUCAUCAGUGUGGUUCAGCGCAUGAUCACUUCCCAUGAGUCCCUCUUUAUGAUUCCAGCGGAGCUUCAGCAUGAGGUUCUGCUGAGUCUGCUGGAGACGGACUGUGACGUAGUGGAUUACCUGCUGAGGAGGAGGAAGACGUCUCACUCUGAGGGUCCAGCCGCGCAGGAGCCGGAGCCGGACCCAGGGGACUCGUUCAGUUCGGGCGAACACUGUUCCUCCACCGACUCCAACAAAGCGUCCAGCGGAGAAGUUUCUCCGUACGAGAACAACUCCCCCACGCUGUCGCACUGGCUGCCUGCAGGGGGCGGGGGGGUCCAGAGUCCAGAGAGACUGCCCCCUGCUGGACACUUCAGAAUCCCAACACCACCUCCACUCACUCACACAGAAGCAGCCUGUGAAAAGACUGAUAUGUGGGGAACAUGGCACGCUACGCUAAAGUCAGGAUUUCAUGGGAAUCUGCACACACAUACAGGCUCUGAUGGAAUUCUGCUGGAUUCGGUCUUCUCUAGCUCCUCGGAAGCCCUCCGCAGUCACCGUGGCAACAUGAAGACCCCCAUCCGUCGAACACAUACCUGUCCGACUGAGGCCGAAGACAGACCGCACCCAUCAGUGACACGCGCCUACAGCAGUCCUGAGAGAGACAGCCCGCUGGACCAAUCGCAGCACAGCCUGACAACGUCGCCUUGGAAACUACGAAAUACAAUGGAGGAGGAGACGAGAGUGGCCCCGCCUACCGCCUCACUCUCACCCAGACCUCCUCCUCCGUACCCCGGCCUGAAAAGAACACCACCCACGUUACUGCGGUCUUCGGGAACGUACCGCCACAGUGCCUACAGUUGCCCUCCCAACAGCCAGGGGGCAGCGUCCAUCUGCACAGACAUUUCUGACCCUGCGGCUGGCGAAUACCAGGACUGGCAACGAGACAAAUGGCAAGUAUGGCAGCUCUUAUCAUCAGACAGUGUUGACACAUUACCAGAAACGCUGGUGUGAGAUGAUGAAGAGCGCCCUCUUGUGGCCACUGUGCCUAUAAAAACCAGGACAAUGGAUCUUAUGUUGUUUUUGCAGUUUUGAACUGAUGUUUUCUUUUUCUUUGUGGCUUCGUUUUUGCUCUUGUCACUUUAUUACACAUCAGAAAAAAAGUAUAUCAGAUUUUCAUCGUUCCGGUUCAUGUACGCAACUCUCGUUGUUCAUAGUGGUGGAUUUUAUAUGAAUGUAUUCUUUCAUUACUGCCUUCCAUCUUUGCAAUAAUAUAAACAUUUGUGUAUUUUGUGCACUAUUUAUACAGAAAAUUCUCCUGAAGUUUUGUCUUCCGAAACUCACAGAAGGUCACCAGCCAGUCUGUAGUGUUCAGAAGCUUGGAAUCGCUUGGAAACGCUGGUCAUAUUAAUAGUUGCUGUUAUUCAUAAACAUCUAAUACAGUGUAGAUUGAAAUAAUAUAGCUGGACAAACUGCUUUAUUCUUUAUGUUUAUUGCAGGUUUUUUGGAAGUUAUUAAAUGGUAAACUAUGUAUUGUACUUAUCUAUUUAGAGUAAUUAGAUUAGAUCAUUACAGUCCAAAUACAAGCAAAUCAGCACGCUCAUUUUAUCAGACAUGAUCUGUGAUAUACAGCUUUAGAAUCUCCUGCAGCGCUGCAGAUAUAUUAUCUCUUCAUUUUUAUUCACAGCUUCUAACAUCAUAAUAAAUCUGUUUAUUUAUAGCUAUCACAUAAAAAUGAAUUCCAUUGAAGACAGUGAUUCCAAGCUUCUGGCAUAGAAAAUCUGUGCAUGCAGUAACGGUGGGAGAUGUAAAUAUGUCUCUUAUUAAAAACAACCCACAGAUUCAGAGAAA